UAAAGUUUACGUAAAAAUCAAUGGUUUGUGGAUAAGAAUGGUCUAGUAUUUGUUUGACAACACGCUGCAGCAGCAGGUAUGUCGUCAGUGCUUGUGCCAAACUUUUACUAAAGCGUCGGGAUCAGUCGUUUCUUUGUCGGAACCGUGUCAGCGUCCACGCACACACUCUCUACUCUCUUUUCUCCGUGCUGUGUUCACUGAUCGCGUUUCGUCUGGAUUAAAAGGCAGUUGCGUUCAUUAAAAGGCUGGAUUAUGUUGUACAUUUUCACGUGUAAAGGGGUUCGGUGUGCGAGUGUUUCCGUGGUGACGUCAGGGGCAGAGAGCCGCAGGCAGAGCGCGGAGAGGCGGUGAAAGAAGAGACAACCUGCGCCGGUGCGCAUCUUCCCAAACUUCUCCAGCACCAGCAGCAGCUGUCCGCGAGCGCGGAGCCAAACAAACCGCGUCAGGAGAAGAUGAAUAACAACAAGUCCAUCAUCAGCGCGAACACGAGUCCGCCGCGGGUCGCUGGUUCUGGGACAGUGGACCAUGACCUGGCCAUCACCUCCACUUUCGGGACGCUUCUCUCCGUCGUCUACAUCAUCGGCGUGUCCGGGAAUGUGUACACUCUAGUUGUGAUGUGUCACUCGAUCCGCUUCGCCACUUCCAUGUACAUCUCCAUCAUCAACCUGGCGCUCGCGGACCUGCUCUACCUCUCCACCAUCCCCUUCGUGGUGUCCACCUACUUCCUAAAGGACUGGUACUUCGGGGACGUGGGCUGCCGCAUCCUGCUCAGCUUGGACCUGCUCACCAUGCAUGCGAGCAUCUUCACCCUCACUGUCAUGUGCACGGAGCGCUACCUGGCCGUCAUCAAGCCGCUGGACACGGUGAGGCGCUCCAAGAGUUACCGCAAAGCUCUGGCGUGGGGCGUGUGGCUGCUCUCGCUGCUCCUCACUCUGCCCAUGAUGAUCAUGGUCUCGCAGACCACUAAAAAAACACCGGACGGGGGCGUGAAGAGGAUGUGCGCGCCCACCAGGGCGCCCCUGGCGUACAAAGUCUACGUGACGGUCCUGUUUGGCACCAGCAUCAUGGCACCUGGGCUCAUUAUCGGUUACCUGUACGUCAAGUUGGCGCGCACUUACUUGGAGUCCCAGCGCAACACCGUGAUCAGCAAAGGCAACAAGCGCUCACCGAAGCAGAAGGUGCUGAUUAUGAUCUUCACCAUCGUGCUCGUGUUCUGGGCGUGUUUCCUGCCCUUCUGGAUCUGGCAGCUGCUGCCUCUCUACCACACCAAGCCGCUGAGUCUGGCCUCGCAGACGCACACGUGCAUCAACUACCUGGUGGCGAGUCUCACCUACAGCAACAGCUGCAUCAACCCGUUCCUCUACACGCUGCUCACCAAGAACUACAGGGAGUAUCUGAAGAACCGGCACAGGAGCUUCUACAGGUACACGUCCUCCUUCAAGCAGCGGCCGCCCAGCCUCUACUCCUGGGGAAAGUCUGCGUCGUCCAGCAACCAGUUUGAGUUCAACUCCGAGACGCUGGUCAUGGGAACACUGAAGUGACUCGUGGAAGAGAAGAUGGAGCUUCUAUGAGGCGCAAUAGAUUUUCCUCCAAGUACCACCAGAGGACGCUCACGUAUCACAGUUUGAGAACCAUGGAUUUAGACAAAGCAGUAUUUUGGUGGUGUACCUUCACAACUAGACCCUGACACUGCGUUUGGCAAACCGGAUUAGAGGCUCAUUACUGCCACCUACCUAACUGGAGUGUAGGUGUAGAGAGAGACUGAUUCUCACAGCUGGUUGCAGAAUUUUGAGCUCACACCCAUCAAGACCUAUUUUCAGAGACGGGGGAAGGUGACAGUCCCUUCUGUUCAGGAUGUUCAUUUUGGCAGGUACUAUCUUAAUGAGUCGUGCACAAAAUGUGCCUCAUGUUUUAUGAAGGGUUCAUAACUCUUUAAUUAAGAAAAGCUUCUAGUGCAGAAUGGGGGCCCUUUCACUUUAAUCUGACUUAUUAAAGUAUCAGUAUCGCACACACACGAGCAUGUGCAGCAGCUGUGCAUAUACGGGGAGAUGGAAGGCAGUAAUAUGCAUGUCUGGACAAAACACAGACAGAACAAAAAGACCUUAGAGUCUGAUUCCUCAUAAUUAGGAUCAAACUAGGUCCAAAUUGCAUGUUGUACGAUCCCAAAAUUUGUAGAAUUGAUUGCAGCCGAUGCUUUUGUGCUUAACCUCACCACACUGAAGACCCUCCGCAGCAUUUCCGUGAGUGCAAAUUCUGGAUACACGCUGCUUUGUGUGGACGCAUCAAGUUAAAGCUGCAUACAUGAAUACGUGGAGCCCAGAAGGGAUUUGUUGGCUUCAGCCAUGAUCUGCUCUCUCUCUGUGUUCAUCUCAGUAUGCUUUGGGUGUCUUUCCUCAGUAGGGGAGAGCAGUUCAUUCCAAGUCAGGUCCUACAGAGACUAGGCAAGACUCCCCCGACUGGCAUUCUGGAAAUGUAUGAAUGGAAGAGACGUUACGUCAAUGAGAAGGUUCCUCCUUCUGUGCUCAUAAUUACAUAACUGCCAGACGUCUCGGCCAACCAAAGUUAUGACAAAUGUAUGGUUAACGCCAAGAAUACGCUCACUUGCAUGUGAACAGUCGGUCUUGUAGCUUUGCUGUCGCUUGCCAUUUGUUACGCCACGUUCUUUGGAGAAUUGCCUGCAUAUUGAAAGAGUCCUUCAAGGAAAGUCAGAGGAAGCAAACAUGUUUGGAAUUCAGCCGUUUUAAGGAUCCUUCCUUGAGAAACUGUCUCAGUUCUCUAUUUCCUCAUUUAUUCCCCUCAGACCAGCCGUUCUCCAUCCAUCCAUC